GCCCGCCCCGCCCGCCGCGGCCCGCCCCGCGCCUCCGUGCCGCGCAGGCGCAGAGCGGGGGCCGUGAGGCGGCGGCGGCGGCCAUGGCGCUCAACAGGAACCACUCGGAGGGUGGCGGCGUCAUCGUGAACAACAGCGAGAGCGUUUUGAUGACCUAUGAUCACAUAGAAAUUACCUUCAGUGAUAUCGAACCGAUGCCGGAUGCCUUCAAAGGGACCAAGAAGGGGAGUGUUUUCUUGACUCCCUACCGAGUUAUCUUUGUAUCGAAGGGAAAGGAUGCUAUGCAGUCUUUCAUGAUGCCCUUCUAUUUGUUGAAAGAUUGCGAGAUUAAGCAGCCUGUCUUUGGAGCAAAUUAUAUCAAGGGCACAGUGAAAGCCGAGGCAGGAGGUGGCUGGGAAGGAUCUGCCACGUUCAAGAUGACCUUUUCAGCUGGGGGUGCUAUCGAGUUCGGGCAGCGCAUGCUGCAGGUGGCAUCGCAAGUCUCCAGAGGUGAAAUACCCAAUGGAGCUUACGGCUACUCCUACAUGCCAAAUGGAUCCUAUGCUUUCGCACCAGCUGCAGCUAACGGGGGCUAUCCGUACGCACCACCGCCUCCCGAGUUUUAUCCUGGCCCCCCCGUGGUGGAUGGAGACAUGGGUUACAUGCAGCUCCCGCCCCCGCCGUACCCGGGGCCCAUGGAGCCCCCCGUCAGCGCGCCAGACCUGCCCGCCACUCCCGCAGCUGAAGCGAAGGCUGCCGAAGCCGCUGCCAGUGCUUACUACAGCCCAGGCAACCCACAUAACGUCUAUAUGCCCACGGACCAGCCACCCCCUCCUCCGUACUUCCCGCCAGAAGACAAGAAAAACCAAUAAGCUAACAGAGAACUUCUCCACAACUCAUUGCUUUCUUACUUCCCAUUUUGGCAGAAUCGCGGGGCAUGGUCCAUAGCACUGAGGAGUCGAGCCUUCCCCCGAGGCACGUAGCUUUCAUGGACUCUAGUGGUAGAUACGUGCAGAGCAAGGGGAGGGAUUCCAGCAGCCCGGGUUACCUUGUAGAGCUCGGGGGGGUUUGCUGCCCUACCGCAGUGUUCCCUUCUCCCCGCGCGUGGCGUGGCUAGAACCGGAGGUUCACUUCAUCUGUGAUCGUUCCCCUUAUGUCUAUUUCUUUUGAUACUUAAAUUAUACCUCUUUAGAGUAAGGAGCUGCUCCAAAUGGAUAAUUAACAUACUCAUAACAUGGAUGCGAGACGCUUGGGAGGGUCUCGAAUUUACCCUGGUGUGCAGCCCAGAGCACCUCUGGACACAGGGCGCUCUCUGGGUAUUCCUCUCAACCCAGCGUAUCCCAUCCAGCCUUUCCCUCUGCGACCAAGAAAGGGCUUCAAAGGGAACCUUUGGGAUCUCGGAGGAAAUGGAUCUCUCUUACCUUUUUCAGAUAUCUAUUCAACUUUCUUGGUUUUUUUUCAGUUAAGUCAUUCCUGACAGUCGUAGCACAUAAUGUGGUAGCCCUCCAAAUUGCCCUGCUGCGCGCAGCGUGUGGUGAUGCUGACGAGCCCCCUUUCUUAGGAGGACGUCCUGCCCUGCGCAGGGUCGAUCAGCAGCAUGUAACUAGCUCCAGAUCAUAUGGGAACACUUAACUUGGUGUUGUCUCCUUUUUCCAGUUAGAGAUGUGGGCUCGAGACCCCCGAGUCCUCCAUGCUCUCUAGUCUGUAAUGCACUUGUUUUUUUCCUCUGCUGUAACACAAGUUACACUUUUUGGCCAGUGAAGCAUCUUACUGCGGCGAUUUCACACGUGAAUUAAUAGCUAAUGGGAGAAAAUAGUUGCUUUACUUUUGCCCUGGAAGCACUUGAGGAUACGCAGAACAUCGGAGUAAGCUGCUAGGUGUGACCGAGCUGCUCAUUUGAGUGUGGUUUAGUGCCGUUAGAGCUCCUGCAUCAGCUGGGAAUCCACUUCCCAGUAACGCGGGCUCCUUGGAGUGAGGGUUCAAGCGUUUUCCUUCCAUAGCACCGAUUCGCUGAUCCCAUUAGCAGCGACUCUAACACGCAGAACCUCUGCAGGACUGGUCGGUAACCCGGCGGUAAAAGUCCACGUUGUACAAAGCUUUGCACAAGUCGGAGUCUGCUGACCUCUGACAGCGUCGGUGAGAGCGCGAGCCCUUCCCAGGCAGCGUGCUGCCGGAGGAUGGCGUGCCAGGGAGCUGCUGAGACGUGCUGCAUGCAGCCUGCUUGGAGAGAGAAAAGGUCCACCUCUUGUUUUCUUUUUGUUUGAGUCUAGCUGAUUAAUCAAAUCGCUACUGUCUGUGCACUGACUUUUUUAGAAUUGCUACUGCAGUGAUGUAAAGAAAUGGUUAUUUAAAAAAAAAUAUUUAUUUUGAAAAUGUUUGAUUAAUAUUAAUGUGAAAUGACUUUUGAAUGCAGAUUUGUUUUGCAAAGACUGUGAAGUAAAGAGAAAUCGGCUCAAAA